ACAUUCCCAAAAACUUCAUCUUUUUCUCUUCUUCUUCUUCUUCUUCUUCGAAUUCGAAAUCGAAAGAGAUGUCGUACUUGCUGCCGCAUUUGCACUCGGGAUGGGCAGUGGACCAGGCGAUCCUGGCCGAAGAAGAGCGUCUGGUCGUCAUACGCUUCGGCCAUGACUGGGAUGAGACCUGCAUGCAGAUGGAUGAAGUCCUAGCUUCAGUUGCGGAGACAAUAAAGAACUUUGCUGUGAUAUACCUUGUGGACAUCACAGAGGUGCCCGAUUUCAAUACCAUGUACGAGUUGUACGAUCCUUCGACGGUGAUGUUCUUCUUCCGUAACAAGCACAUAAUGAUCGAUCUCGGCACUGGGAACAACAACAAAAUCAAUUGGGCUCUCAAGGACAAGCAGGAAUUCAUUGACAUUAUCGAGACAGUCUACCGAGGAGCAAGAAAGGGCCGUGGUCUAGUCAUUGCACCAAAGGAUUACUCGACCAAAUACCGCUACUAACAAAAGAAAAAACUCAUUUGCAUAUUAAUGGCAAGUUUAUUUACAUAUCUCGUAUUGAUUGAUCAGGUGAUCGACACCGUUCUACGAGUACCAAACCGUAGUCCUUGUAACAACUGUGAUUAAACUUGGAUUGUUCUUGUUUCCUAGCACACUUUGCAGCUGGUGGCAAAAAAUAUAUGUAUAAGCAUAUAUCAUCAGA